AUGGCAGAAGAGCCUCUUUGCAAGUUAGGAGGAAAAACUGAAUUCUUAAAGUUCUCAAAAGAUGGAGAUGUUAUUAUAGGAGGCAUUUUUUCUUUCCACAAUAACCCAGUAGAUGCUAGUCUGUCAUUUAGAGUCUUACCUGAAAUACUACAAUGCAAAGGUCUCAGCUUCAGAGAACUUCAGUUUGCACAAGCUAUGAUAUUCGCUAUUGAAGAAAUAAACAACAGUUCUAAUUUGCUUCCGGGUAUCCAACUUGGCUAUAAGAUUUAUGAUGACUGCAGAGAUAUCCUUUUGGCAAUUAAAGCAGCAAUGACUUUGCUUACUGGGCAUGAUAAAGAACUUAUGAAUGACAGGGCCUGUAUAAAACCAUUGAUUGCUUCAGCUAUUAUAGGGCCUUCUAAUUCAGCAACUACAGUAGCUGUUGCAACAACUCUUGCAUCAUUUAAUAUUCCUUUGAUUGGGCAUGGUGCCACUUGUUCAUGUCUCAGCAAUAAAAAAUUGUUUCCAACAUACUUGCGAACAGUACCAAGUGAUUACUACCAAAGUGUUGCUCUGGCUCAGCUUGUAAAACACUUUGGAUGGAACUGGGUUGGGGCAAUAAGAAAUGAUGAUGACUAUGGAAACUUUGGAAUGGCUACUUUUCUUCAAGCUGCACAGUUUGAAGGUAUUUGUGUAGAAUAUUCAGAGGCCAUUCACAGAACAUACCCAAGGGAAAGAUUUCUCAGACUUAUUGAUAUUAUGAAAAUGUCUUCUUCGAGAGUUAUCAUAGCAUUUCUGACAGGAAAUGUUUUGGAUAUACUGAUAAAAGAAAUGUUUUUGCAGAACAUUACUGGCUUCCAGUGGAUUGGAACAGAUUCAUGGAUUUCUUCAAGAAAUACUGCAAUGUUGCAAUACUACCCAAUUAUGAAGGGAGCAAUUGGACUCGCAGUUAGCAAUUCGUUUUUGUCAGGACUGAAAGAGUUCUUGCAAAGUGUUUCUCCUUCUAUUAUUCCUGGUAACACAGGGAUGAAUGAGUAUUGGGAAUACUUUUUUAAUUGCACAUGGCCUAAACCUGAUGCAAAAGGAACAUCCUCCUUGUGUACUGGACAUGAAAUUUUAAGUGAAGUGAAUAAUCAGUAUACAGAUAUCUCAAACAUCGGAUAUACUAUUAAUGUGUAUAAAGCUGUAUAUGCUAUAGCAUAUUCCCUACACAACCAGCUGGACUGCAGAGUUUUAGAAAAUUCACUUGACAAUGCUACCUGUGUUGAAAAGUUAAAGAAGGCACCUCUGCAGCUUCUACAUUAUCUGAAAAAUGUAAAUUUCACAACAAAAGAAGGAGAAGCCUUUCACUUUGAGGGAAAUGGGGAUCCUGCAUUGAAAGGCAAAACAUAUGACAUCCUAAAUUGGCAAUUUAAUAACGAAGAUGUCCUAGAAUUUGCAACUGUUGGAGCAUACUAUGCAUAUUUAUCAGAAGAACACAGAUUCAAGAUUAAAUAUGAGAGCAUGGUAUUUGCUGGUACUGGAAAUCAGAUUCCCCAGUAUUUGUGUAGCAGAAGCUGCCAGCCUGGCACUCGAAAAGCAACUCAGAAAGGAAGACCAGUCUGUUGCUAUGACUGUAUACCCUGUGCUGAAGGUGAAAUUAGCAACACAUCAGAUGCCAUUGACUGCUUGAGGUGUCUUCCAGAAUACAGAUCAAACAAAGGAAAUGACAAUUGCAUCAUGAAGGAGAUAGAAUACCUGUCUUUUCAAGAAAUUAUGGGAAUAUUGCUUGCCACGUUAUCACUACUGGGAGUAUUUCUUACAGGAUUUGUUAGCUUUGUAUUCUUCAUAAAAAGAAACACACCUAUUGUUAGAGCAAAUAAUUCUGAACUGAGUUUCCUGCUUCUGUUUUCCUUAACCCUUUGUUUUCUUUGUUCCCUCACAUUCAUUGGCGAGCCCUCUGACUGGUCCUGCAUGUUGCGCCACACAGCUUUUGGAAUAGCAUUUGUUUUGUGCAUUUCAUGUAUUCUGGGAAAAACAAUUGUUGUUUUAAUUGCAUUCAGAGCCACGCUACCUGGUAGUAAUGUCAUGAAAUGGUUUGGAGCUCCUCAACAGAGGUUGAGUGUUUGUAGUUUUACUUUGAUUCAAGUUAUCAUAUGUAUUGUUUGGUUGAUGAAAUCCCCUCCUAUACCAUUCAAAAACAUGAAGCACUAUGUAGAUAUAGUCAUACUGGAAUGUGACCUUGGGUCUGUGGCAGCGUUUUCUGCAGUCUUGGGCUACAUAGGAUUUCUUGCUUUAUUUUGCUUUAUUCUUGCUUUUUUAGCUCGCCAUCUGCCUGACAACUUUAAUGAGGCAAAAUUCAUCACAUUUAGCAUGUUAAUAUUUUGUGCAGUUUGGAUCACUUUUAUUCCAGCCUACAUUAGCUCACCUGGAAAGUACACUGUAGCUGUGGAAAUAUUUGCUAUUUUAGCUUCAAGUUUUGGUUUGCUUUUCUGCAUUUUUAUUCCAAAGUGCUAUAUUAUUUUGCUUAAACCAGAACAAAAUACCAAAAAACAUAUUAUGGGUAAACAACAUGAAAAUUAUCUUUAA